CUGCAAGGCCUGGGGGCGGGGAAGAAGACACUGGAGUAUUUCAAAGGGAGAUCCAGGUUCCUAAGGGGCAGUGCUCAAGCUGGCACACGGGGCGGGGGGCUCGAGCCUAUGGGCGGGGCCUAGGUCUCGGGGUCCGCUCUUGCUGCCUCGCCCGCUUGCCCCGUUCUUUUCGGUUACUUUCUGCUGCGGCCGUUCCCCUCCCUCCCCUGGGCCCAGGGGGCCGCGGUCCGAACUUCGGUCGGCUGGUGGAGUCGUCCCUGACCUCCGUCAGAAAUGGGGAACGUGCAGUCGGAGCCGUCCGCUGGCGGGGGCUCCCGAAAAGAGCAGGCCUCGGGCCGGUCCUCCGACUCCCGCCGGACAUCCUUGAUGGAGCCCGAGGUGACCCCCUCUUCCCCAGCCAUGCGCCUGGCUCGAGGGCUGGGUGUCUGGUUCCCUGGCAGCUCUCCGCCCCCAGGACUCCUGGUACCCCCGGAGCCCCAGGCCUCACCCUCACCCCUGCCCCUGACCUUAGAACUGCCCUCGCCAGUGACGCCUCCUUCAGAGGAGGCGGCUGCGGCCACGGUCUCUACGCCACCCCCGCCCCCCGUGGGGACCCUGCUGCCCGCGCCGUCUAAGUGGCGAAAACCCACGGGCACUUCGGUGCCCCGAAUCCGCGGUCUGCUGGAGGCGAGCCAUCGCGGCCAGGGCGACCCUCCGAGCCUCCGCCCGCUGCCGCCGCCGCCCCGGCAACUAACCGAAGAGGAUUCCAACCCUGUCCCGAGGGCCCUAUCCCCGAUUCCACCGCCCUCAGAGCUGCGGAAGCCACCACUACCGCCACCUUCCGACCGGCAGCCCCUGGAUCGUAAAAUCACUCCUGCUCUGGCCACACCCGCCGCAACCCCUACAGAAAGCCAAGCCAGGCGCGGUAGCGAGGUCCAGACGGCCUGCGGUGCCCGCAGAGGGGCACCUCCCCAAGCAGGCGAGGGAGAAAUGGCCCUGCCGGCGGCCUCCGAGCCCGGCCUGAACUUGCUGUGUAAAGUCACCUUCAAGUCAGGGCCCCCUCUACCCCCUGCGGCAGCCUCGAGUUCCUUAGCAGCCAAAGCCUCUCUUGGGGGCGGCGGAGGAGGUGCAGGACUCUUCUCCGCUACCUCGGGAGCCAUCUCCUACGCUGAGGUCCUGAAGCAGGGGCCCGCUCCUGGGACCGCUCGCUCUCCGGGAGAGGUCCCUCGAGGGACUCAGGAAGCAGAGGGCGGUGAUGGAGAUAGCGAGGGGUGUUCUGGACCCCCCUCGGCGCCUGUGUCCCAUGUCCGGACACUUCCACCGCCACCCUACACCACCUUCCCAGGCUCAAAACCCAAAUUUGACUGGGUGAGCCCUCCUGAUGGUCCUGAACGCCACUUUCGCUUCAACGGAGCUGGCGGAGGCGUCGGGGCGCCCCGACGGCGCGCAGCCACGCUCUCGGGGCCCUGGGGCUCCCCGCCGCCUCCGCCAGGGCAGAUGCAUCCAGCUCCAGGGCCCCGGAGGCCCGCACCGGCCUUGCUGGCGCCGCCUAUGUUCAUCUUCCCGGCGCCUGCCAAUGGCGAGCCUGUGUGCCCUGGGCCUCCGGACCCGCAGGAGGUGCUGCCGCCGCCGUUGCCGCCGCCCACGCCACCACCCACGCCGCCUCCCGCACCUCCUCCCACACCGCAGCCGCCCAUGCCUCAGCCAACGCCGCUGCCCGCCGCGCUCCCGCCGACCGCAGGCCCGGGCCACUUGGAGUCAGCAGUGGCUCCCGCCCCACCUCCCGCUCUGCCCCUCGCCUUGGCUACCGAACAGGCCCAGGCCCCGGCCCCGACCCCGGCCUCGGCCCAGGCCCCAGCCCCGGCUCCAGCUCCCAUCACAGCCGAGCCGUCGCCGCCCGUGCCGGCGCCCGCCAAGGCCCGCACCCGCCGGAACAAGGGUCCCCGCGCAGUCAGGGCUGCGCCCCGUGAGGAUGGCCCGCCUGGAGAUGGUCUUCGAGAACGUACUGCAGCUACUGUGACUGACAGCGGUGGUGGAGGGGGUGGUAGCAGCAGGGCUCCUCCGGCGGGGACGGCUCCCUCGGGCGCGGCGCGCCACUGGCCUCCCUUCCAGGUGCUUAACUCUUGUCCCUGCAAGUGUUACUGCCGCCAUCAGCCACGCCAUCGCCGCCUGCCACGCAACGUGUCUGCCUGGCUGAGCACACCCAUCAACCACCUGAGUGAGCCACCCUGGGUUGCCACCAUCAAGCUGGCCGGCUCCCUCGUGGCCGGGCUGGAGCACUACGACUUGCAGGCCACCCAUUCCAACUGAGCUCAAUUCGCUCAAUGCCCUAUGCCUUCUCCUCCUUGACAAUAAAAUAACCAUCCAGAUGUCUAGA